UGUUUCUGGUUUAUUUUUUUAUUUAGUGUUUUGGUUAUCAUUUGGUUUAAUAAUAAUUCACUUGUCGUUUCUCAAUGUAAACAAAGAUAAUUCUAUUCAAAUGAAUCUGCUAGGCAGCAUUCAAUUCUGUGCGAUAGUAGAUUAGAAAGCGGUCGGGUCACUUCGCAACACUAUAUUACUUUUAUGAGGUUAACGACUUCAAAAAUAUGUGUAAUAAUUCAUUCUUUAUAUAAAUAGUCAUAAAUAAUCUAUUUUGAGGUGUUUGUGAUAGUGAUAUCUAUUCAAAAUGAAGUUCAAGAUUGACAGAGGGCUUCUGCCUAUCAAGAUACACUUUUUCUUCUUCUUUGCAGCGCUGGGACCCUUGCUGCCGCAGAUUAAUGUGUUCGGCAAGCAGCUGGGCGUGUCUCCAGCUGUGAUGGGGCUGGUGACUGCUGUACUGCCGCUGCUGUGGGCAGCUGCUAAACCGCUGUUUGGGUACAUCGUGGAUUAUUGGCCAAGUCGAAGAAAAUUUGUCUUCAUGACGCUAAUAUUCAUCAUGUCCGGAUCCUAUUGCUGUCUGUGGCUUUUACCAAUGCCUGAGGAACCCGAAACUGCAGAACCCGUAUUAGAAUCCGUGUAUCAACUCAACGAUACCGUAUAUAUCAAAACAUAUCAUAAUAACACGGACGCUAUCUUGGAAAAAUAUAUGUGUCAUUGGAACUGUACCACAGAUGAAACAUUUCAAGUUUAUCUGACAAACUCAACUUAUAUAAACACAGUAUACAUAGAUAAUAAAGAGAAUAUAUCUUGCUCGCUCUUACAUAUGGAAUUUAACGAUGUGCGCGAAGGAGAGACGAUAUGUAUACCGAAACAAGACUGUAAUUUGUUAUGUUAUGACGAAGCUUUGAUAAAAGAUGUACAGAUUUUUAAUAGGAGUAAAAGAGAGGUUGGCAGUUCCAAAGUGAAUACAGUAGAUGUGUUAGAAAAGGAUGUAGAUAAGAUUAAAAGGACGGAUCUAGUUAAAAGUGAAAUAGAGGGUAGUUUUUAUAUGACGUGUACAUUUUGGGGGUUUGUUGUACUGAUGUGUGUUGGUACUGUGGCGUUCAAUGUUGCCAACUGUAUUGGAGAUGCGGUGUGCUUCGAUGUAUUGGGUUCUGAGAGGGGUUCAAAAUAUGGGGCACAACGCGCUUGGGGUACAGCGGGGUACGGCGUUACAGCUUUGCUAGGAGGCUGGCUUAUAGACGUUGUGUCUGGGAGCAAUCGAAACAAGGACUUUACCCCAGCGUUCAUUGUAGCUAUCGUAGCUACUAUCGUUGAUUUGGCGGCUUGUAGAAAGUUAAAUCUGCCAUCUCUGUCAAGUCCGGAUGACUCGGGCAAAGCAUUGAGAGCGGUGCUUCGUAUACCGCGAGUGGUAGUAUUCAUCGUCUUCGCGGUGGUGGUUGGCAUUUUUGACAGCUUCAUCAUUUAUUACAUGUUUUGGUUUUUGGAAGAGUUAGCGGAGACCACCGGCUCUAUGGAGCAAAUAAAACUGAUAGAGGGCGUUGUUGUCGCAGCACAGAGCUUUAUUGGGGAGCUACUGUUUUUCUUUUUCUCUGGUAGAAUCAUAAAGCGUUGGGGUUACGGAACCACUCUGACGUUUUGCCUGUUCUGCUACGGCGUGAGAUUGGCGCUCAUCUCGCUCAUACAGCAUCCCUGGCAUCUGGUCUUUAUUGAGUCAAUAAUGCAAGGGCCGACAUACGCGCUAUGUUAUUCGGCCAUAGUGGGCUAUGCGGCUGCGGUCGCGCCUGAGGGCUACUCUGCCACGGUACAAGGGAUUGUAGCGGGCAUGGACGACGGUGUUGGUUUUGCGCUGGGUUCCCUAAUAGGAGGUCAGCUAUACAGUUACGCGGGGGGUCGGGGGUCGUUCCGGAUAUUCGCGGGGAUGGCGAUAAUCGCUUCAGGAGCGCAUGCGCUGCUGUUCGCGGCCGUCACUAGGAACGAUGGUAAAGAACAAAAACAACCGGAAGUGACGAUACCGGAGGUGGAGAAGAUGCUUCCGGUAGGGGACAGCAACGCCAUCUAUCGGGACACGGUUGUACCGCUAGACGACAAACAAAAGAAUGGCGAUAGAUAGUCUACCGUCUUUAAACAAAUUUGUACUUUAUGCAGUGUACUGAAAGUUCAAUUUACUUCGAAACAUUUUAGAAAGACAUAUCGCUUUCUUAGAAUCAAAAAUUCUGUACCUCACUCCAUCUUGGAGUGGAGAAUUUUGAAUACCUAACAAAAUAAAUUCGAUUUUAUGUAUUUUGAAAUACGAUUGAAAUUACUGUAAUCUAUUUUUCUUUAAUAGACCUAAAAGGUGAACAAAUAGCCUUUUACGCAUUUCAGCGAGAAUCUAGUUAGUUUACCUCUUAAGUACGUUAGACCUCAUUCGCAUGAGAGCUUUUUUAACGUUCUUUAAAAAAGCGUUUCAAAUAGAACAAAUGCAUGCCCAAGUAUCUGUUCACACGUCAACGCUUUUUUAACGCGCACUUUGUAUGUUCAACGCAACGCCGGGUUUUAACGCAACGCUUUUUUAACGCUCGUGCGAAUUAGGGCUUAAGGAAAAAUAGAUUAUACCUUAGAAUAUUUUGACCUAUCUAGUAGUCCACCAUUUUAGUACUCAGUAGUGGAUGGAUAGUAGCGAUGGAUUGUUGAUUGGAUGUUGAUGUAAUUUAGUGCCAAAUAUGAAUAAAUUGUGUUCGAUUUUGUACAAGAAUGUUUUUUUUUUAAAUAUUUUAUCAGAUUUUUUUUAAAUAUACACAUUGUUGUAGAAGUGUCUAGACUGCCACAAACGGUCGUUUGAUUUGAGAAAUUAUUAUAAUAAUAAAUAAUAUUAAUAAUUUCUCAAAAAAAUAAAAUAUAUUGUUAAAAAUAAAAAUUUGUGGCUGUAUAUUUUUUAUUAUUGAACGACCGCUUGUGGCUAUCUAGACGCUACAUAUUUUUAUAGACUGAAUGUGCCAUUUUGAUUAGUAAGAGGCUGUAUUAGUUUGUAACUUUGUAUGCGGACAUAAUGGUAUGGUAUAUUUUAGAGUAUUCACAUCUUUUUCUUACCAAUGUAAUAAGAAAAGGACAGACAAACCUAAUUUAAUUUAGAACUGUCAAACUAUUGUUUGAAUUAGUAGAGAACACUAAAAUUAAGAGUCUUUGAAUAUAAAAUUCAUUUUCCGUCCUUUUUUAGCAACAUUCAAAAGAAAAAGAUGCAGAUACACUAAAUUUUGUUUAGGUUUAAUAAAAACAGUCGAAGCAGGUAGGUAGGCUUAGUAAAAACUGUCACACCCAACCAAGUUAGCCCGCUUCCAUUAUAUUGCAUCAUCACUUGCCACCAGGUGAGAUUGCAGUCGAGGGCUAACUAGUAAUGGAAAAAUAAUAAAAAAUUGUGCAAGCGAGAUAGCAAUACAAUAAGUACACAAAAAAGAUGUACAAUUUAAUUUUGAUAGGUAAAAUACCUAAAUUAAAUAUUGUAGAUUAAAGAAAUAUAUUUUGUUUUAAUUAAUAAAAUUAUCUUAAUAUUGAAUUAAUUUAUAAGACUUAUGUCAAUUAGGUUUUAUAAUAAUUGUCUAAAACUAGAUAUGAAAUCUUUUACAAUUUAUUGAUUUGUUAUCUGUGGUAAUUCAUUAUUAUUAAUCAAAAGUUAUUGUCUAUGGAGGUGUUUUUUUUUAAAUUGUCUAUUGUACCUUAUUACUUUACCGUGCAUUUACAUAUUCGUCCUCACGUCUCGUCUCGUUACUCUACGGUUGAAAUCUAUAGAGCGCACAUUGACUUUGCUUAGACUUAAGCUUCAGUUGAAACGAGACAGAUUUAUGCCAGCUGUAUAACGCUGUCUCGUUUUAACAGUAUCUUAAGACUGGGCAAAGUCAAAGUGCGCUCUGUAGAUCUUAGCCUAAGGUUUUUCCUGCUAAGUCACACUCCCACAAGUAACACUGUGGCAAGCCUCAAUAGCUCAACGAGUAUAGGAGCGGACUGAAAUCCGAAAGGUCGGCGGUUCAAACCUCACCCGUUGCUCUAUUGUCGUACCCACUCCUAGCACAAGCUUUACGCUUAGUUGGAGGGGAAAGGGGAAUGUUAGUCAUGAUUCAUAUGGCUAAUAUUUUUUUUUUUUUAAAAGGGGAAAAAAUCCUUUAGUCACCUAAGACCCCCAAAUGGGGGGUUUGGGCCCUGGCCAUGAUUUUGACUCAGAUUUUACCAAAAUUUUCGUAUAUACCGCCUGUUUGCGACUCCAUCGUGUUAUUUCAAAAACUUUUUUUCUCUCUUUCGUUUGGCUUUACACUGAUUAGCCAAUGUCAAGUUUGUAGUUAUUUACAAGUUAGGGAAACUUUAUGUAUAAGUAUGGACUUCGUCUGUGCCGGCGCCCGCCGACAUACGCGCGGCGCCCCUUUAGAGCGCUUCCCAGUCAAUUCCAACACCAAUAAACACCAGAACACAAAAACCGGCCAUUUCUAACGAAAAACACUCCACAAAGGAACAACAUGUGCGCCAGCAAACGCAACCACAGACGAAGUCUUUCAAUAACUUGAUU